ACCACACUUCUCUAUACGUCUAGGCCACGUUCGCCAUUUACCUGCAUAACUAGAAGCUCGAUCAACAAGCCUCUUCCACAAUCGACCAGUGGAAGAAUCCGUCUGUCGCCAUUUCCCUUAAGUGCUAGUGUUUGUGGUUGUGCAUCUUUUUUGUUGUGUUUAUACUCUAGAUUUUGACUUAUACGAAGUUAAUGAUGGAAUUAAAAGUGGAAUCUGUUAACCUCUUUGAUUUAGGCAAAAUUUGUAGAGCAUGUUUAACGGAAAAGGGUGAAAUGCGAUCAAUUUUUAUGCAGGAUGAUUCUACAGGACAACCGUUGGUCCUGGCAGAAAUGAUAAUGGAGUUUACUUCUGUACAGAUAAAAGAUGACGAUGGUUUACCAUCAUUAAUUUGUUUACAAUGUUGUCAUGAAAUAAGUAGAUCAUAUUCAUUCAAGCAACUAUUUGAACAGAGUGAUAUAAAUCUUCGGACCUAUUUGGGUAAACCCAUUGACCAUUUUCCAAAACCUAGUAAAGAUGAACUCGCACAAAACGAUUUUACCAAUAACUUUUUUUUGGAUAAUUUUGGCAUUAUUUCAUCUUCAGAUAGUAGUGACGAAGAGAGUUUGAAAGAUGAACUUAUUGCAUUACAAUCUACCCUUCCUGAAAAUUCAAAUGAUGAAAAAGUUAUUGCUCAAAAACAGCUCCUAAAAGCUUCGAAAUUCCACAAAACUCGAAUGUCCAGAAAGAAAAUAUUAGCAAAAGGAGGUAAAUCAGCAGCACUAUCAGCCAAACGUAUGAAACGUAAUAUGAACCAGUGCAAUGUUUGUAAAAAGCAAUUCAUCAAUCUAAAGUCAUUUAGGAAACAUCUAAGGACUCAUAUAGAAGAUAGACCCUUUAAAUGUAAACUGUGUCCUAGAGGAUUCACAGAAGAAAAUUAUUUAAACAACCAUAUGCGUACACACGUUCCAGAUGAACAGAAACCUCACGAAUGUGAAGUAUGCAAAAAACGUUUUAUACAUAGUACAAUGUUAGCUAAACACAUGCUUAAACAUAGUGGAGAAAAACCAUUUGUAUGUAAGAUUUGUAAUAAAGGAUGUUACGCUGAAAACAGUCUUCUAAAGCAUAUGAAAAUUCACGAGAAAAAAGAAGGAGAUCCAGCUUUAUUAAAACAUAUAUGUGAUUAUUGUAAGGUUGAAUUUCCGGAUCAUCAAAGUCUCUCCGUACAUAUCAAACAACAUACUGGUGAUAGACCAUUUGCUUGUAACAUCUGUGGAAAGUGUUUUCCGCAGAGGUUCAAUUUGGAACUGCAUUCCAGAACUCAUACAGGGGAAAGACCAUUCCAAUGUGAAAUUUGUAAAAACGGUUAUGUAUCGAAGGCUAGUCUUAAAAUUCAUAUGAGGACUCAUACUAAUGAACGUCCAUUCGUUUGUGAUUUCUGUGGAAAAGCUUUUAGACAAUCUGGAGAUUUAACUAGCCACAAACGACUUCAUGGUACUGAAAAACCCAUAGAAUGUUGUAUUUGUCAAAAAAGAUUCACGACUGUGAUGAAAUUGAAAUAUCACAUGAGGAACCAUACAGGAGAACGCCCUUACGUUUGCAGUGUGUGCGGUCGUGGUUUUACAGUGAACACUAUUCUUUUACGGCAUAUGCGUGUCCAUUCUGGCGAAAGACCGUAUGUGUGUGUCACUUGUGGUAAAGCUUUUUCCCAAUCGAGUACACUCAACACCCAUAUGAAAGUGCAUGCGUCUUCUAAUAAUCAAGAACGUGCAUCGAAAUAUACAGUAAACGAAGAACCGAAGUUUCAGUCUCAAACGAAUCAACAACAGCAACAAAAUCAGCAAGAUCAUAAUAGAAUGAUGCAACAGCAGGAUAACCGAAUGUUGAUACAAACACAGCAGUUGAGUGAUGGUACAAGAAUUGUAACAGAUCCCACACAACUGUUGGGAGAUCAUAGGGGAUUGAUAAGUGACACAAGGUUGAUAAAUCAUGAGGGACCAAGAUUACUAGUAGACGUUUCUGAACCUCCUCCACUAAGACUAUUGGUUACUGAUAAUACAAGUCUAGUUUCUAAUGAUAACAGACUAAUUACUCAAGAUAACAGACUCAUUGCAAGGGUUAACGUUAAUGACAAUAGACAUUUGCCUGUUCUAGAUGGUUCUAGAAUAUUAACUAGUGAUAAGUAUCUAGCUACUUAUGAUCCUUAUCAAAGAGGUCACUUAUAAAAAAUCUGGAUCAUAGUGGUUAUUGGACGUUUUAUUGUUGUACUACUCAAUUUUCUAUAUUCAAUAACAUCAAUUUUAGUUAAUUGAUAUAUUCUUUUAAAUAAACAAUAAUCAUUGAA